GUAGGCUGGGCGUUUCCAUGGCGACCGCGUGGGCCUGCCGGCCUCCAUUGUUGCGCCGCGGCUCUCGGCUCGCGCGGGGCUUGCCGCCGGGCUGGUGGGCAGGCGCGCAGAUUUUCUCCAGUGCCUAAUUGGAGCCGGACCCAGAGCCGAUCACUGAGCCAAAACUGUAAACUGAACUGCAGGACCGGGCCCGGAGCGUAGCGCUGCCGGGAAUGGCACGGAACCACAGCACAGAUGAGACAGUGCAAACGUAGGUGCCCCCACUGCACUUCGUGGAGAGGACAUGUUGGCUCGUGGACUUUGAAAGGUGACUCCAGACCCAGGAGGAUGAGCAGUGGUCCCCUGAGGACUGCUUCCUCCUGGCUGACAGAUGGAAGGAGGCAGCCCCUGCGAGCCUCCCUGUGGGGCUGCUGACCCGGAAAGCAGCGCUGGUCACACCAGGUGUGAGCCCAUGUCCCCUGCCAGAGACGGUCACAGCCGCGUCCAGGGGGUCAUCUUUUCUUCCUCACCGAUUUUAGACUUGAGUGAAAGAGGUCUUCACCACUUAGGAGAGAUCUUUAACGUCCCCAACCUCAAACAAUUGCAUCUUCAAGGAAAUGCCCUCAGCACGAUUCCUAGGGAUUUCUUCCAGCUGCUGCCAAACCUCACUUGGCUAGACCUCCGCCACAAUCGAGUCACAGCGCUUCCGCCUGGGAUUGGCCGUCACCGGCAUCUGGAAACUUUGCUUUUAGAAAGAAAUCCUAUCAAAAUGUUACCUGUGGAGCUGGGAAGCGUGGCCACCCUGAGAGCACUGAACCUGAGACACUGCCCUCUGGAGUUCCCCCCGCCCCUGAUUGUGCAGAAGGGGCUGGGGGCCAUUCUGACCUUCCUGCGGAUCUGCGCGGCCGAGCACGCAUCCCCUCAGGGUUCGGCUCCUCGAGCAUCCCCAGUGACAGAAACGACCAGAGGUGAACUGUCGCCUUCCCUGGCGGGUGUGUCCCAAGAGCGUGUGCCUAACAGAGGACCCGCCGCUUCCCGGGCACUGGUGGGAAGCGGGCGCACAGCAGAGGCAGACUUGCUCCCCCCUGUUGAAAAGCUGGGCCUGAGUGAGCUGGGACGGUCCACCGACUCGUUGGAAGACUGGCCGAGCAAGGAGGAAAUCCAGCGCUUCUGGAAGCUGCGGCAGGAGAUCGUGGAGAACGAGCAGGCGGGGGUUCGGGAGAACCAGCUGCUGCCCGUGGAGCUGCCCCCAAACCUCAAGGCCGCGCUGAGCGCCGAGGAGAAGCCACGCCCUGCCCCGAGACCCGUGUUCAGGGGGAAGAGGCCCUCCUUCAAGAGCAUCCUGCCCGACCUCGCUGCCUCGCGCCAGGCCCUGGUGCACGUCUGUCGGCUGGAGCAGAGCCGGGACGCGGCCCUCCGGGAGCUGUGGGAGAAGCAGGUGCAGACGGAGCAGCGCAGGAGGGACCGGAGAGCGCUGCAGGAGUGGAGGGAGCAGACCCGGGUGAUGAGGAGUAGGAGGAGGGAGCUCAGCAGGUUCCCGCCCCUGCAGAGGAACCUGGUGACAUCAAAAAUUCCCUUUGCCACGGAUCUGAUGGAGAAUGAGAAAACCGGUGAAUUCACCUGGAAAAGUGAGACAAAGCAGAGAGAGAUCACUGCGCGCAAAUCAAGGAAAGCGGCCAGAAAGCUGCAGGAUGAAGUAAUGAAACUAAAGUUGAGGUCGACCUUGAACAGAAGCCAUCGGUGCCCGGCUCUCUGGGGAAGACUUUCACUCAGCCCGGCUGCAUCCCAGCCUCAGAAUAUAUUUUUUAACACGAAAUAUUAAGGAUCUGAAAAGGUUUACAGAUACUAAUGACAGAGUGUCACGUGUAUGGAUGGAAAAUCUCCCCACCUGGAAAAUGGGCCAGCGGCUCCUGCCUUCACAGUGUCGCCUCCUGGGGCUGUGGAAGGUGUGACCUACAUUAAAAGGACAAAACCGUGAA